AUGGUAUUCAUAAGAGAUAUCGCGUCUCUCCGCCUUACGUUCGUAUUCACUCUUUUCCCAUGUCAACAAGUCCUCGCAUCCCCUGCCUCUCAAGUAAUCCAGCCCGAUACUGGCCCUCUCUCCCUUUUCGAACUUGUCCAGAAAACCUUCCACCGCAUAGUCGAAGUUGGAUUUCUCCGUGGCAUUCUAACCUGGCUGUUGAUCUUGGGAUGUCUGGUCUGCCUUCUCAUCGGUGUUCUCAACGGGUUGGCCGCCUAUCUUCGGCGUCAUGACCCGAAGUUGUGGGAACAACAUGACGAGAUCAAUACCUUCGAAGGCGAAAAGGAUGAAGAAGAGGAGCCGGCCUCGUCUUCAGUCGGAAAGCGUCUGAACAGACCUGACACCGAACACACCGACAAGUUGCAGUCCCAAUGCCAAAGCCGAAUCUCCCGGUAUCUUGCCAGCAACCCUUCAAUACCUAUCACAAAGAUCAGUAUCCGUGCCUCACCGCGUCGACCACCAACUACAACUUGUGCUUUAUCUGCACCGUCUUGGUCCUCUCCGCGGACCCCAACACGAACUCCUGUAACGCCACUCCGCUCUGCCCUCUCCAAAUCACCAGCCUCGUCGAGACAGUCUUCACGCGUCCGGACUCUUGUACUUGAAUCAACAAGUGUAAGCACGGGCCGGACUGGUUACCCAUCUCCUAAAUCCGUGCACUGGGCGGAUGAGAUUCAGGGCCAUACUGGUCCACAAAUCGAAAUAGACAUUGGAUCACGCAGGGUCGAUGGACACAGUUUCAACACGGUUGAUGCAUUAGAUGCCUUCUCCUUGCCAACGUACUACUCAAACCCCACUUCUCAGACGCAUGACCGUACAAGUUCUUUCACCAAAACUUUAAUCACAGUGCAGGAUGUAGAACACCCAUCCGACAGAGUGACAUUGAUGAAAUUGGACGGCGAUACGAGUUAA